CCAUAAUGAGCAUCAUAACUCCACCAGAACUUGUCUUACACGUUCAACUUCGCGUUAAAUAAUCAUUAUGCGUGGUUUGUUAGUUGCUGUUCUUGUUGUUGCAACCGUUUCUACUGGUCAUUCACACAGAAGAAGGUAUUGGAGGAGAAGGCCAGCGUUUAACCUUGAAAGUGUAAGUUGUGAUACAUUUAAAAGAGCGGACCUGUGCAACUGUUGUAAAGAUCCUUGUGAUGAUGUCGAAUGUCUCAACAAUGGAGUAUGUGUUAAUGGUAUUUGUAAUUGUCCCUGUGGCUUCUCGGGAGCAGAUUGUGGUGUUGAUCUUUGUGCUACUAAACUUUGCCAAAAUAAUGGAACUUGUGUAUCAGAAGCUGGUGGGGUGUCAUGUAAAUGUGAGGACGGAUUUACCGGUGACAAUUGUGAGGUUGAUCUAUGUGUUGCGGAAACUUGUCAAAACAAUGGAACUUGUGUACCAGAGGCUGGUGGAGUGUCAUGUAUCUGUGUGGCUGGAUUUACCGGUGACUUUUGUGAGAAAGAUGUAUGUGAGCCGAACCCCUGUCAGUAUGAUGGAACUUGUUCACGUAUCGAAGGGGGAUUCAAUUGUUCUUGCAUAGAUAGAAUAACUGGACCAACUUGUGAAGUUAUAGACAAUAUUAUAACAUCACCCAAUUACCCGAAUAAUUACCUAGCAGACAUUUCUUUUGUAAUUAACAUUCCGGGAGUUUCCGGUAAACAGAUCCGUAUUGCAUUUGAUGGGGAUUUUGAAAUACAGAAAACAGCUGCCCCAGGGUGUGACCAAGGCUCGAGUGGUACCACUAAUUGUCAAGAUAGCCUGGACAUAUUCACGCAGUCGCUUCGAUACACUUUUUGUGGCGGGACUGCUCCAACACCAAUAACAGCGACAGAAGGAGAUGUUCAAGUAGAGUUCGCUGAAAACGAUGAUUUGACCCAAUGUAAGGGGUUCAAUUUAUCUUAUACUUAUGUUGAUGUAUAGAUUUUAAUAUGACAGUAUCGGAUAUGAUGAUGACUUGAUGUGAAGUACAGAAUAAUAAAGUAUUCGACAUUUGUUUUGUGUGAAGUGUGGGUGUCUUAUUUUCUAUCAAUUCCCCCUUCUUUAUUCUAACUAGUUCGAUUUUAAUUAGAUGUGUAAAUUAUAUAAAUUGAUUUGUUGAAUAUAUAUAUUUGUAUACAUAAUUAAUAUCUGAAGACGCCUAUAGAGGCCAGAGAGCUAGCUUAUAUGAUUUAAUGUAUGUCAGAAUGAAGUAAUGUGGAUUUAUCUUAUUUAACUUGACAUAGACGACAUUCCAAUUACUGAAUUUAUUUGGUAGAAUUAAUCGCGACUGUUUUGACCUUGAUGUAUUAUUUGUUUAAAUCUGUUUGUUGAAAUGAUCUUAAUUAAUAAAACUACAUACAUAACUAAAAAAACUAUUUAAUUAAUAAAAACUAUCUAAAUUAAUAAAAAAACCUAUCUUAAUUAAUAUAAAAAAACUGUCCUUAUCAGUAAAAAACUAUCCCAAUUAGUAAAAACUAUCUUAAUUAAUAAAAACUAUCUUAAUUAAUAAAAACUACAUUAAUUUAAAAUAAAAUAAAAGUAUCUUAAUUAUCAGUUAAACUAUCUUAAUUAGUAAAAGAUAUAUUAAUUAAUAAAAACUACAUUAAUCUAAAAUAAAAUAAAAAUAUCUAUCUUAAUUAAUAAAAAACUAUCGUAAUUAAUAAAAAACUAUCGUAAUUAAUAAAAACUACAUUAAUUUAAAAUAAAAUAAAAAUUAUCUUAAUUAAUAAAAUCUAUCUUAAUUAAUAAAAAAAACACCCUUAUAAACAAAAUCUUUAUUUUAUAAAAACAUAUUAAUUACUAGAAAAAAUCUAUCUGAAUUAAUAAAAAUCUAUCUGAAUUAAUAAAAAAAAAUCGAAAUUAAUAAAAAAAAAUAUAUCUUAUUUAAUAAGAAAAUAUUUUAAUUAAUAAA